UCGGAGUCAAAUAUGAGAGCGGGUUCGGGUCGGUUCAAAAAAACCGCAGAAACUACAGCGACCAUCUUCGUACACGGAGCGCGAAUCUCUGCUUUCAAUCUCUAGUAUUAUUCUCUCACCAUCUCGUGCUCUGCAGGAAUGGAAUGAUUCCAUCAUCGAAUCCAUGAUUCAAACAUCAAGAAUUCUUCUAUUUCUAUUAUGGUUUCUCGCUUCCCAAACACCUCCAUUGAAUGGGGAAUCGUCGACGUGUUUGAUGGUGUACAAAGAGGGCGGUGCUCCGGCGGUUUUCCAAUCCCCGAAAUGCCCGAGCUGGAGGCUCUCCAACGAUGCUUCGCGACCACGGACAGUCACUUGUCAAUCCGCGAUGAGCCAGGGUCGAAGAAAGUCGCAGGAGGACCGGACCUUCUGCGCUCUGGAUGUUCGGAUUCCUUUUCCCCGGUCAACUGGGCUUGCGGAGGUUAUGGUUGGAAUUGUGGCAGUAUUUGAUGGUCAUAAUGGUGCUGAAGCUAGUGAGAUGGCUUCGAAGCUGUUAUUUGAGUAUUUCAUUUUGCACACUUAUUUUCUUCUUGAUGCAACAUAUUCUGUUGUAUUAAAGAAAUCCACAGGAAGGCUGCCUGAUAAAGAGAAACAGGAUAUUGUGUUUCAAGUGCUGCAUUGGGAUGAUGAACUUGGUCGGCAUCAGUCAGAUCUUGAAAGGUUUAAGUUUACAAUUCCAGCAAAAUUUGAUGGUAAUUUUCACUUGGAAAUUUUGAAGGAAUCAUUGUUGAGGGCAAUCCAUGACAUUGACAAAACGUUUUCCAAGGAAGCAUCUAGAAACAAUCUUGAUUCGGGUUCUACGGCAACAGUUAUACUAAUAGCUGAUGGUCAAAUUUUAGUUGCAAAUGUUGGAGACUCAAAGGCUCUUUUGUGCUCUGAAAAAUUUCAGUCUCCUGCAGAGGCUAAAGUCACUCUAUCAAGGUUAUACAGGCAGAGAAGACGUAGUGGUGCUAUUUCACCCUUAAAAGACUACGAGAGCUCUAAAUUUUUGUCAUCAAAUGGGCUGGCGCACUUUUCUGUGAAGGAACUGACAAGAGACCAUCAUCCAGAUAGAGAUGAUGAAAAGUCCCGAGUGGAAAGUGCUGGUGGUUAUGUUUAUGAAUGGGGAGGGGUUGCUCGUGUCAAUGGUCAGCUGGCUGUUUCUCGAGCUAUUGGUGAUCUGUCCUUUAAAAGCUAUGGUGUUAUACCUACACCUGAAGUGACAGAUUGGCAACCUCUGACCACCAAUGAUAGCUAUCUGGUUGCUGCAUCUGAUGGCAUAUUUGAAAAGCUAAGCUCACAGGAGGUUUGCGAUUUAUUAUGGGAAGUACAUGUUCAUCCAAAUAUGAGAUCAGGAUUCUCUUCUUCAUGCUCAUAUUCAUUAGCUGAGUGCAUAGUGAACACUGCAUUUGAAAAGGGCAGUAUGGACAACAUGGCUACUGUUGUGGUUCCAUUGAGAUCAACCGGAAUUUCUCAAGCCCUGCUGGAGGAAAGGUGUGAUGGAGCAGGAGACAUUGAUUGCUCAGAUUUAGGACCACAACACUUCAUAUACAAACAAUCUGCUAAUGUUUUCACUUCCAAACUUGUGCAAUUGGAGCAUGCUCAUCCAGUUAUGGCCAGGUUUGACAGGUUAUUGGUUGAAGGAAAACAUGGCAGCUUUUGGUGUUUUUAUUUAUCUGAGAACCUAAAUGAGAACAGGGAUUACAUUCUGCGGGCUCAAAAGGAUGAUGAGGAGGGUGAUAUGUUUAACCUACCACAGGCUCUCCCUGAGGCCCUUGGUCACCACUGUGGUGGACCUCUAAAUUUGUAUAAUGGCCAGAAUUUAUGUUUGCACUUUGGCAUGACUACUGAUGGCUUUAAAGAUCAAUGCAUAAAUCCUGAAGGCUUUGCUAGUUUCCUUGGUCUGCUCGAAUCAAUUCCUUUCCACAAUUCUGAUUCAAAUUAUGGAUCUUUUGAGUAUGCAAUGCCUGACUCGAGGUAUGUACUAAAGAAAAGGUUUGGUCGUGGUUCCUAUGGUGAAGUAUGGCUUGCUUUUCCUUGGAACUGUUCUCAAGGUGCUGAUGCUUCAAAUGAGAGUGAGAAAAAGAAAGUUUUCUCAUUCAAUACAAUGCAUCUUGAUUCAUAUAACGGAAAUUCCCAAACUAACUCAUCUACUCACAAUUGUCAUGCUGGUCCUUCUGAUGACAAUUUGUUCAUUUUGAAGCGUAUAAUGGUAGAGAGAGGGACUGCUGUUUACUUAAGUGGUCUCCGGGAGAAGUAUUUUGGUGAAAUUUUCUUAAAUGCCUCAACAUGCCUUGGAGGUUCCUUAUCAGCUGAAGUAUCAAGCCCUUUCUUUAGUGAAUCGAAUUCGAAUUUGUAUGACCUAAUAGAGAUGAACAAAUCAGUCAUCCAUGAGAUAGGAUCCACCUCAAAUCUUGAAGAUAUAUUCCUGAACAAAUUUAGAACAAGGAGGGUUGUCUAUGAAGAAGGUCUAGACCAUAUUGCAAGAUACAUAGAGUCUUUUGAAUCUCAAUCAAAUGAAAUAUGGCUUGUAUUUCGUCAUGAAGGUGUGUCCUUGUCAAAGCUUAUGUAUACCGUAGAAGAAGUAGAAAAUAAUGUUGAUGAAGGAAGGGAUGAAAAGGUGAACCACAUUCAGGUAUUGCAUCCAUCAAAAUGGUGGCGUUGGUUGAAGACAACAGAAGCAGGACAAGAGGAAAUGCGCAAUCUUAUACGGCAGUUGUUGAUGGCGCUCAAGUCAUGUCAUGAUCGCAACAUUACCCAUAGGGAUAUUAAACCUGAGAACAUGGUGAUAUGCUUUGAAGAUCGGGACACUAGGAGAUGCAUGAAAGGAACUCCAAGUGAAGAUAAGAAAUAUACCACCAAAAUGCGCAUCAUAGAUUUUGGCAGUGCAAUUGAUGAGUUCACAUUGAAACAUUUGUAUGCUUCAGUUGGACCUUCCAGGGCUGAACAAACUUAUGAAUACGCUCCUCCAGAGGCUUUUCUGAAUGCCAGUUGGUACAAGGGGUUAACAAGCACAACACUGAAGUAUGAUACAUGGAGUGUGGGUGUUGUGUUCUUAGAGUUGAUCUUAGGAUCACCAAAUGUUUUUCAGAUAAAUGCUUUGACACGUGCUCUUUUAGAUCAGCAUCUUAAGGGUUGGAAUGAAGAAUUAAAGGAACUUGCAUAUAAACUAAGAUCAUUCAUGGAAAUGUGCAUCUUAAUCCCUGGGAGUUCCUCAAAACACCUUCAUCUUGGGUUAACAAAGGGUCGAGGUGGAGUUUCACCUGCAUCGUGGAAAUGCUCAGAAGAGUUUUUUUCCCAUCAAAUAAAGAGUAGAGAUCCUCUGAAAUUAGGGUUUCCAAAUGUGUGGGCACUGCGGUUAGUGCGUCAACUAUUGCUCUGGGAUCCAGAUGAACGGUUGAGUGUUGAUGAUGCAUUGCAGCAUCCUUAUUUUCAACACCCUCCCAAAAGAUAAUGAGAAGAAUACACAUCUAUCCAACUCUGCACUUGUUGAGUUUUUUGUGCACAAAAGAGCAUCACUAGUUCCCAAAACCUCUGGACUUCAAAGUGCAUGCUUACAGAGACCAGUAUUGAACUGGAAGAGUAGCAGCUAUUUACCGAUAUUAAAACAGAUCCUAGCUCUUCCCCAUUCAGGGAGUCUCCCCUGGCUUCCACGGAAGUACUGGACUCACCCGUUGAAUGGGGUCUCACUUUCUGCACCCACUCUGCAGAAAAUCAUGUUUUUCAUGCUGCAAACCAGAUAAAUGUAUCAAGUGGCAUAAUGGUGGCAAUCCAGUGAUGGAGCAGUGGCGUAGAUUCUGUUUCAGUGACAAAUUGUGGUCACAAACAAUUGAAUACAGGCUUGUGUUCCGGAAGCUGUUCUCAAUUUGUAUGUUUUGUGCUCAGCAGUCCACUCCAUUUGUAUAUCGAUUUUCUAUGUUGUCACUCGGUACAUUAGAUGAUACCUGAGCAAUGUUUCAUUAAGGUGCAGUGCAGUGCCGUGCCAGUAAAUAAAGCAAAGAAAAAAUCUUAAAGUGCUUCUA